AUGGCGGGCCGCACGGUGCGGGUGGGGGGCCUCCCCGCCGACCUGCCUCCCGACAGGGUGGCCGACAAGCUGACCAUCCACUUCCUGCGCUCCCGCAACGGCGGCGGGGAGAUCGCCGACGUCCAGGUGCUGGCCGGCUCCCAGGCCUGCGCCCUCAUCACCUUCGAGGCCCUGGAAGUGGCCCAGAGGAUCCUGAAGGCGAAGAAUCACGUGCUGUCGAUUGGAGGGAAAAAAUACCCGCUGGAAGUGACGGCGCACGUCGCAGAGCUGAGCCCCGAUGAGGUAGCGAGGAGCAGACAGCUCCUGCCCAGGCGGCUGUGACAGCCCCAGCUGGCUCCCAGGCUGGCUCUGUGCCUGGCGGACACACUUGGGAAGGGAGACCUUGCUCUCUCCUUUAAUCUUAACUAGAC